AUGGAAUCCGCCAAACCCUCUCUCAAUCGUGUCGUUUUGAUUGUCUUGAACUGUUUCGCGUUGUUCCAAGUUGGGUUAUUAUUUGUGGUCGCAAGUACUACAGGAACGACUGAUGAUCCACCUCCUUACCAGGAAUUCUAUUUCACACAAAAGUUGAAUCAUUUCGACUUUUCAGACAAUCGUACCUUUCAGAUGAGAUAUCUCAAGAGUGAUUAUUAUUUCAAUCCCGUCCAUAAUGAGAACGCCCCUGUAUUAGUGUACACAGGUAAUGAAGGAUCCAUUGAGGAAUUCUACAAAUUCUCAAGUGGAUUCAUGUUUGAAGUUGCCAACAAGUUUGGUGCUACUGUCCUGUUCAUUGAGCAUCGCUAUUAUGGAAAGUCUGUACCUUUCAUUGGAGAUGACCGUGCCAUUAGAUCUCUUUCUGGACAAGAACUGUCAUAUUUAAGCAGUGAACAAGCAUUGGCGGACUUUGCCACCUUACUUCAAAGCUUGUAUGGAAUUGAUGAUAGCAGAACAAGAAGUAUCAUUGUUUUUGGUGGUUCCUAUGGUGGUAUAUUGUCAUUUGGAAUGAGAAUGAAAUAUCCAAAUGUAGUGGAUGGAGCUAUUGCAGCUAGUGCCCCUCUGAUGCUAUUCAACGGCUUGGCAGAUCCGUACAAAUUCUAUUCUAUUGUUAAUGAAGUUUACCAUAAUGCAACAUCCUAUUCAACUUAUUCAUCUGCAACUUGUGAUGCCAUUAUUAAGGAUGCCAUGAUUGGUCUCUCGCAAAUAGAAGCUUUAAAUAUCCAAGACUCUCACAAAGCUCACAUCCUUGUUAAAUUAAUACCAAUAUUGUUAACAACCAUCGCCCAAGUGAAUUAUCCCUAUCCUGUUGUCACCUUUGCUCCUCUGCCUGGAUAUCCUGUCAACAACUUUUGUGAGAUCUUGGCCACCAAGAUGAAGAAUGGUGGAGAUUAUCCAAACAAUGUGGGUGGAAACCCACAAACUGUGUUCCACAUUGAUUUAGGUUCUAUCAACAAAAAACAACAAGUGAGUGCCCUUCUUAAUGCUUGUUCUGAUUUCUUUAGAUCUAUGGCGAAUGAUACAACAGAACUCGAUAGCAUUCCUUACAACUCAGACUCAUUAGGAAAUUAUGCAUGGGACUAUCAAGUUUGUACCGAAAUGGUAUUUCCAAUGUCAAACUCUGCAUCAAAAUCAAUGUUUCUAUCUUCAGAGUGGAGUGUAGAUUCACACAAAGCUUAUUGCAAGGUUUUAUUUCCAAAUAUUACGAAUAUAGAGCUUCGUGAAAACUGGGCAGCCCUUUACUAUGGUGGAAUGAAUGGAAUUGGUUCUAUUUCCAACAUUUUUCUUUCACAUGGUCAAUUGGAUCCAUGGCGAGCUGGAGAGUAUGAUAGACAUUUUGUUGAUUCUUCCCUGCCCGAUAGCGUUAAGCAGCAGAUCAUUGAAGGAGGUGCUCAUCAUCUUGAUUUAAGAAGUACAGUUCCACAAGGAGAUCCAUCAAGUGUUAUAAAGGUCAGGAAAUAUGAAAUGGAAGAAAUUUCCAAAUGGAUUAUGGAGUUUAACAACAAACAAAAAGUCAAAAAUCUUUCGAAAUCUUCCCAGAAUGUCGGAAAUAGUGUUUCUUUCUCACCUUGUCCACUCCAAUAUAGAGGUAAUUAUUCAGGACUCAUUGCUGAAUGCUCUCUUGUAAGAGUUGCUUUGGAUCCUAUGAAGGAUGAAAAUUCAGUCCCAUCCACAAAAACUAUUCAAUUAUUUGUAAAGAGAUUGAGAGCAAACAGAAAUGGUUAUGCUAAACGAGCAUUGUGGCUUUUACCAGGCGGCCCUGGUUUUGCAAGUGAUGGUAUUGAGCCAUUCAUGCCCUUAAUUGUACAAGUGACAAAUGGAAACUUUGACGUUUACACCACAGAGCAUAGAGGAGUAGGUAGAAGCACAAGAAUAGGAUGCGUUUCAUCACAAUCUGAAACACCAGGAAGUGAUGGUGGCUACUCUAUUACUGAUUCAGAGUGGCCAGAUUGUGCUCAAGGGUUUGUCAAAGAUUGGUCUCACGAUAACUCUUACCUACACUUUAAUAGCAAGGCAGGGGGAAUCGAUUUGGCCAAGUUAAUUCGUAAAAUUAACGUGGAAGGAGUGCCUUCUUCAACAAGUCCUCAAGAGGUAUACUUGUACGGAGUAUCAUACGGGACAGCAUGGUUAUCAAGAUUUUUGAGAUAUUGUGAAAUGUACGAUCAAUAUUUAAUGCAACAGGUCAUUAAGGGUGUUGUAAUGGAUGGAUUUGUUUCGACAAUGGAAACAGCUACCACUCAACGAUUACUCUUUAGUUCGUGGGAUUUUGUUGCAAAAGAAAUUUCAGAGAGAUUUCUCAGAUAUUGUCAUGAUGCUGAGAUGGUUCAAAAAUAUGACUCUUUGUGCAGCCGUAAAAUUAAGGGUGAUGCAGUUUCAUUCCUACAUGUUGUCAUGGAUCAAGUCUACCCAUCAAAAUCAUCUGCUUCAAAGUCCACAUGCCCAGAGCUGGUAGAAUCAAUGCCAAGAGAGAUCAUGGCUGCUCUUUUGAAUGAUCUCCUUGUGGAUCAGUAUCCUAGAGUAUUAAUUCCAGCAAUUCUGUACAGAAUGAAUCGGUGCGAUAAGGUCGUUGAUAUUCCAGUUCUGAAAAAUUUGAGAAAAUAUUAUAAUUCUAUUCAAACAAUGCUUUCCUUCAAGAAUGAGCUGCCUCUUAACAGUGAUGUGCUAUUUUACCAUAUAGCUUUUUCAGAAUUUUGGGAUAAGUCUCUCACACUCCAACAAAUCCAAACUGAACCAAAAUAUAUUUUGAGAAGUAAUACGUUAAAGUGGUAUAAUAUUCUGAAGAAUUCUAAUUGGAAGACAUAUGAUCCAGAUUUGGAAUAUUACAACAAGACAUUUUCAACAAACACAGUCCAAGUACUGUUGAUUAAUGGAGACUUAGAUCCACAAACACCAUUAUGGUCUGCACAAUCUCAAAAUGAGAAUAUAGGAGGAAAUACACAUCGCUUGAUUACUGUUCCCUUUGCUGUUCAUGGAACUAUGGUCAAAUCUCCGGUAAAAACGAAGGGUAAACCUGACUGUGUUUUGCAAAUAUUCAUCAACUUUCUGAAUAUGGAAAAUCCAGAUGUGAAGACAGUAGAUACAUCGUGUUUGAAUGAUUUGUUCUUCGAUUUCAAGGGAAUGCCAGAGGUGAAUAAGAAUAUCAUGGGGGUAGAGGAUAUUUACGAAGGAAUGAAUGUACCCGAUCAGCCCAAUCCAUCACAAGAAAUCACGUAUUCUCAAAACACUCUGAUCGGAGCAAUGAUAGGGUCCAUUAUUGGAGGAUUGACCCUCGGAAUUGUCAUCUGUUUCAUUGGUUUUGCAUUCAUGUCGUUUGUACAACGUAAGAAGGUAGUUAAAACAAAGAAUCGGCUUGUAGAAGACACCAAGUACAUAUCAAUGAUGGAUCAAUAA